AUGGAGUCCAUUGAGAAUAAAGGGCUUUUCAACGAGCUAAACACGAUAAUAACACAGCUCAACCGGAAUGACCUGAUGAAAUAUUUCAAGCUGGACGGGUACAUACGCGUGAACGGGUACUUUAUAUCUCCAUUUUCUCUAAUAAGCAUAAAAAGAGGGCUGAGCGAGUUCCUCAUAUCGUGGGAGAUGUCAGAAGUAGGGUGGAUAUUUACGUUCAAGAACAAGGAGUACGUCCACUUCAAAGGCCUCUUCAGCAGCCAGAUAAAAGAAGGGAAGAUCAUAUAUAUAAAAAUAGACGCGGGCAAGCCAGAGUACAGUUCCCCCGUGUACUACGACAUAAUAGUGCGAUACUUAAAGUGCCUGGAUACAUUCUAUUUCAUGCUGACGGAGGUGGAGGAAGAGUUUGAGAUCUUGACAAAUCCGCUGGGGAGCAGCCGCGGGUGGUUUCCCAUGGCAAGAAGCAGCGGAAAAUAA